AUGUAAUAACAAAGGUAUGAUUCUGUACGUAAGAAUAAAUUGGAAGUCAAUUUAUCAUAGCCACUUCAAUUAUAGUACUCCUCAUAGCCUAAAUAAAUUCCUAGAAAAUUUCAAAUUGCAUAGAUUGGGAAAGAUAUUGCAGCUAUAAUCAUCCCUGCAUUUAUAGAUAUGAUCAACUAAGAAACUGAUGUGUAUUAUCUAUUUGACUCAUUUCAUAAAUUCAGUUAAAUAAGCGGAAGAGGAUAUGAAUAUGAGUUAAAAGAAUAAACAACAUACUCUAGAUUGGUGGAAAGCUACAGGAUCUAUUUAAAGUUGGGCAGGUGAAAGAAAUAUUCAACUACUUUCGGAAUCUCAUAUCAAGCAGUCAUCUCAUUUUCUAGAUAGUUACAAUAGCAGAGGCUUUGCAAUUAUUGAAAAUCUUAAACGUCAAAUAGGAGAGUUGACAGAAGAACAAAAGUUUAAGCAAAAUUCUCGUUCAAUAGGUUAGGUUUCAAUCAAAUUGUUUGAUGAAUAAGAUCUAUAUGUUGAAAUGUCGAAGUCAUUACAAUUUAUCAAGUUUAAAAUAAAUUUCAUAAAUGUCAUAUGGGUUUUUGUUUGUACAGUGUUUUAGGAGAAUUUUCAGAAAGAGAGAGCAUAAUCAAUAAAAUAUAUGUGGCAAAGUGGCACAGAAAAAAUGGCAACUUUUUAAAUCUUGUUACAGAAUUUAUAUAGUAAGUAAUCAAAAAUGAAGCAGUGA